GACCGAGCAAGCUCGCCGGGAAACACCACGCCUCCGCCGUGAAAAGCCUCCGAGAUGGCCGAGAAGAGCAGAGUCCUGGUGAUCGGAGGCACCGGAUACAUCGGAAAGUUCAUCGUGGAAGCGAGCGCUAAGUCCGGUCACCCUACCUUUGCUCUCGCGAGGGAAUCCACUCUCUCCAGCCCCGCCAAGGCCAAAAUCGUCGAAGGUUUCAAGAGCUUAGGCUUCAAUCUAGUCGAGGGAGACAUGUACGAUCGAGAGAGUCUGCUGAAUGCAAUCAAGCAGGUCGAUGUGGUGGUCUCUGCUGUCGGGACAGAACAACUAGAGGACCAAGACAAGAUUGUUGCCGCCAUUAAAGCAGCCGGGAAUGUCAAGAGAUUUUUGCCUUCAGAGUUUGGAAAUGAUGCGUAUCGUGUCCAUGCUGUGGAGCCAGCAAAAGCUAUGUUUGCUAUCAAGGCCAAGAUCCGCCGCCUUGUUGAGGAUGAGGGAAUCCCUUAUACCUAUGUGUCUUUUAACUCUUUUGCAGGUUGCUUCCUUCUAACAUUGGCACAGCCCGGGGCUACAGCUCCCCCUAGAGAUGAAGUUGUCAUCUUAGGGGAUGGAAAUACAAAAGCGGUGUUUAACAAGGAGGAUGACAUCGGCACCUAUACCAUCAAAGCUGUGGAUGAUCCUAGGACUUUGAACAAAACUCUGUACAUCAAACCUCCCGCCAACACCUACUCGAUUAAUGAUCUCGUGUCUUUGUGGGAGAGAAAGAUCGGCAAGACCCUGGAGAGGGUUUAUGUUCCAGAGGAGCAAGUUCUGAAGAACAUUCAAGAGGCGGCAUUUCCACUCAAUUUGAUGUUGGCAAUAUCCCAUUCCGUUUUCGUGAAAGGAGACCAAACCGGCGUCGAGAUUGAGCCAUCAUUCGGAGUGGAAGCUUCAGAGCUCUACCCCGAUGUCAAAUACACCACCGUGGAUCAAUAUCUUGAUCAGAUCGUCUGA